AGGCUCUCCUCUGCUUUUAAGACCAGCGCUGAGACAGAUCGAGCGAUCAGUCGAACGAACGAGAUGAAGGGAGGAAGGGGGAGCAAUGGCGCCGCCACCGACCUGCUCGUCUGCUUCCCGUCGCGGGCGCACCUGGCGCUGAUGCCGCCCAAGGCGAUCUGCAGCCCGUCGCGGCCGUCGGCGUCGGAGCCGGUCAAGCGCCGGCACAGCACGAGCAGGUCCGGGCCGCCGCCGCCGUCGGCCGCGCUCUUCAAGGCGGCGGCCAGUGGUAGGAACCCGAGCCGCCGCGCCGCGGACGUCCCCGUCGACAACGAGCCGUCGUCGCCGAAGGUGACGUGCGCCGGCCAGAUCAAGGCACGGCGGCCGGCGGCCAAGCCCAAGAUCAGCGGCGCCGGCGGCGGUGCCGGGGGAGCGAAGGCGGCCAAGAAGGCGACGUGGCUGCAGGCGCUCGGCAUCAAGAAGGACGCGCUGCCGUUCUUGAACGCCGUGCACGGCGCCUUCCGCCUCAACGUCGCCGGCUGCUUCGGUAGCUUUCCCGGCGCCGUGGUGGAGUACACCUCCGGGGAGGAUGACGACGACGAGGAGCUCGCGGCGGGGAAGGACACAGAGCACGGGGCUGCAUUGGCCAAGUGGUUCAUGGUGCUCGAGGAAGGCAAGAAGGUAUCAAGCAGGAAGCGGGAGCAAGAGCCGCAGAAGCAGCAGGAGGAGGAGGAGCAGGACAAGAAGGAAGCGGACGUGGCGCCGCCGGCGAACGCCCUGAUGCUGAUGCGGUGCCGGUCGGCGCCGGCUAAGGGGUUGCCGAGGAGGUUAGGAGGAGAUGCAGAGGAGGAGGUGAUCAAGAACUCCAAGAAGGAGGAGGAAGAAGAGGAUGAGAAGGAGGAGAGGCUUGUGCUCAUGAGCUACGCCCCUGACUUCUUCAAGGUAUCCGUCGACAUCGCCAAGGAGACGUGGAUCGUCGGCGGCGACGACGCCGUCUUGCGCUGCCGGAGCUGGAAGAGAUGAUCACCACAAGGAUCGUUCUGUGAGCAACGUAUGUGUGUUUUGUUCUACUUUUUUGCUACAUGCUUGCCUUUUCUUUUCCUUUUUUUUCUUCCCUCGGAGAAUUAUAUAUUCUUCUUUAUAUAAAGCUCAUGUAAAGGGUUCGAUGAGCACGCAGCAGAUUCUUCAUUUGUUCUGCCAAGGCCACCACAAUGGUCUCUCUGCAGAAGGAUUUCUGCUCUGUAAAUAGUGCUGUAAUAACCUUUUACUAGAUGCUAGUACACGGUGAAUAGUACUUUUGUUUGUGAAAUGUAACGAGUAAUAUAUAUAUGAUGAGCUGUAUAGCUCACUUUAAUUUCCUA